CAUUAUUUUGUCGCCCUAAUUUUAUCAGCUGCCCCUUCAUCACCCCCUCACAUUCAUUAUCACGUUUCUCCCGUCCGAAACCCAAAAACCCUGAAACUGCAGAAUAUCUAUUCAUGCCCAACGUGGAUUUUGAUACAUCUAUGUUUGUGUAUUUUGGCACUGGAUCUAAAUUAUAGCAAUAAUUUCAUUGAUACGUUGUAUCAAGAUCCAAGAUUUGUUGAUUUCACAAGUUUUUUAUUUGGAAUUUGAUGGUUUUUGACAGACCAAUCCGAGGGCUCUUCAGAUGUUCAAAUUUUGAUUGAGAAAAAUCGGUUAAAUUUGUCGAAUAGAAAAUCUUUGUGGGAUAUGUCACUUUUACCAAAAAGCGAAUCAAUUCAGAUUCGGGAGGUUUGGGCUGAUAAUCUGGACCAAGAAUUUGCCCUAAUUCGUGAUAUUGUCGAUGAUUACCCAUAUAUUGCCAUGGAUACUGAGUUCCCUGGUAUUGUAAUCCGACCCGUGGGCAAUUUCAAGAAUUCCAGUGACUAUCAUUACCAAACUUUGAAAGCCAAUGUGGAUUUACUGAAGCUGAUUCAGUUAGGGCUUACAUUUUCGGAUGACAAGGGAAAUUUGCCCACCUGUGGAACAGACAAGUAUUGCAUUUGGCAAUUCAAUUUUCAGGAAUUCAAUCCAAAUGAGGAUGUAUUUGCCAAUGAUUCGAUUGAAUUGUUGCACCAGAGUGGCAUUGAUUUCUCUAAGAAUAUCGAGAAGGGCAUUGAUGCCAAGCGAUUUGGGGAGCUUUUGAUGUCAUCAGGGAUUGUUUUAAACGAUAAUGUGUACUGGGUGACUUUCCAUAGCGGCUAUGAUUUCGGGUAUUUGCUCAAGCUCUUGACUUGCCAGAGCUUGCCUGAUACACGGGAGGGGUUCUUUACUAUGAUCCAUGUGUACUUUCCUGUGCUUUAUGAUAUUAAGCAUUUGAUGAAGUUCUGUAACAGUCUACACGGGGGCUUGAAUAAGCUGGCCGAGUUGUUGGAGGUGGAGAGAGUUGGGGUUUGCCACCAGGCGGGUUCGGAUAGUUUGCUCACAUCUUUUGCUUUUCAAAAGUUGAAGGAGAACUUUUUUAGUGGUUCUCUGGAGAAGUAUUCAGGCGUGUUGUACGGUCUAGGUGUUGAGAAUGGACAUAAUACAAACUGAGGAUAGUGAAAAAGGUGAAAAAAAAAAUAAAAAUGAAAUAAUAGUUAAUGUACUACGUUGUGUGGGCAUAUUUAUAAGGAUGCCACCCUUAGUAUAAUCUUGAAGUAAAGGUUGUUUAUUUAAUGAAAUAUUUCUUUAUGCUGGUGUUUUAUACCUCCUUUUA